CUCUGUCUCUCUCCUCUGCUCUUGUUCUGCUUUUGGCACUCUCUCUCCUCUAAAAACUGGCGAUCGAAGAGAAUCAACAAACUACAGUCAGAGAAAUCAAACUCACGAGCAAAAGAACCAUCAUGAGAGCUGAAGAAGAAAACAACAGGAGGUGGCCUCCAUGGCUUAAACCUCUGCUUCAAGAGAAGUUCUUCGUACAAUGCAAAUUACACGCAGAUUCACACAAGAGUGAGUGUAACAUGUACUGUUUAGACUGUACCAAUGGUCCUCUCUGUUCUCUCUGCCUCUCUUUUCACAAGGAUCAUCACGCCAUUCAGAUUAGGAGAUCAUCGUAUCACGAUGUGAUCAGGGUAUCGGAGAUUCAGAAAGUUCUGGACAUAACAGGAGUUCAGACAUAUGUGAUUAACAGUGCUAAGGUUGUCUUCUUGAAUGAGAGACCUCAGCCUCGACCAGGCAAAGGCGUUGUCAACACCUGCGAAGUCUGCUAUCGGAGCCUCGUCGAUUCCUUCAGAUUCUGCUCUCUUGGCUGCAAGAUCUCUGGAAUAUCCAAGAGUUUCGACAAGAAAAGAAAGGAUAGAGCAAACAAUCAUUCAGAUUCUGAUGAUUCGUAUAGCAGUACUCUCAACAAGAACGAGGACAUGAUUCAUAAUAGUUUCACGCCAUCAACGCCACCUCUAUCUGCUGUAAGUCGUCGACUUGCAAAACGAAGGAAGGGAAUACCGCACCGUGCUCCUUUCGGAGGACUAAUCAUAGAAUACUAAGCAAAUGGUAAUAUAUAGUCUUUAUGCCGAUAACAAUACUAGUAUAGUUUGCGGGGGUAUACAUAUAUGUAUGUGUGUAUAUAUGUCUAGAGCAAUGUACAUUGUGUGAAGUUAGGUAAAAGAAGUGGGAAAAGAUAAUAGAAUGAAGUAUGAAAAAAAUAGUUGUUCUUGGGCUCAAAUAUGUAAAAUGAAAAAAAGACAAUAGUAUUUAAAAGAAUGUGAUGUUAAGCAAAUGUGAAUGAAAUAAAGGCACUUUCACAUUCUAUGUACUUUCUUGUUUUUUGUUCUUAGUAUCUCAUUUAUUAGUUUCUUAAAAUAUGAUAUCAACAACUAU